AUGGCAAUAAAGACAGACAUGAGUAAAGCCUACGAUCGGCUAGAAUGGGUUUUCAUCAGUGCGGUUAUGAGUAAGAUGGGAUUUUCAAGUACAUGGAUAGAGUGGAUAAUGCGAUGCGUAACAUCAGCGAAAGAUCAUGUCUUGUUCAAUGGCCAGCCAAGAGGAAAUAUAACCCCACAUAGGGGAUUAGGAGAUCUUUUGUCUCCUUUCAUCUUUAUCUUAUGCACGGAAACGCUCGUUAGCCUUCUUAAUCAGGCAGAGAUCCAAGGUAAGAAAACAGGGAUGUGCGUUGCGCGUGCUAGCCCCCCGGUAUCACACCUUCUCUUCGCUGAUGAUAGCCUAUUUUUCUGUAAGGCGGAGCCCCGUGAAUGCGAUGAAGUCAUGAAAGUUUUUAAGACUUGUGAGGAAGCUUCUGGACAGUGUAUUAAUUUCGAAAAAUCAUCCCUGCUCUUUGGUAAAAAGAUACCUGGUAGUGUGAAAGAGACUAUCAAAAGCUCAACGGGAAUCACAAAUGAGGAAGGAAUGAGAACUUAUCUUGGUAUUCCAGAGGAUAUUAGUGGCUCAAAAAAGAAGUUGUUUACUUUCCUGAAGGAUCGUUUGCAGAAUCGUGUUAACGGCUGGACAGGCCGUUGGGUAACAAAAGGAGGAAAGGAAGUACUCAUAAAGUCUAUCAUAUUUGCAUUACCUACCUAUGUAAUGUACACUUUGCUACUACCAUUAGAGACUUGUGAGAACUUAUCUAGUGCCAUUACACAAUUCUGGUAG